AUACAUUAGUCAACAAAUUGUGAAAGUAUAAGACAAUCGUUUACUAACUUAAAGUCAUUAUAUUGGCGCUACAAUUACAUCAAAUUCAGAUAAUAUUUUAAAAUGACAAUAUCAUCCGUACCGAUGAAAUGCUUCAAAGUGUGUGUAUUUAUUUUACUUUAUAUAUCGGUCACUCUAGCAUUUCAUAAUAAUUAUAUGUAUGGCGUGCACAAAGUGGACACCCGAUCGACCCGACACUACUGCGGCAAUAACUUAGUCCGAGCUCUGCAUUUUCUCUGUGAGAGCUAUAAUAAGAGAAGCUCUUUGACGGCAAACCCAAAUAUUAUGUCAGCCGAAGAUCAACCAAAUGGUUUGAUGAUAAACGAUGAUAACAUUGAUGAACCAAAUGAUACUUUUAGUCUAUUUAAGACACACAUCAAUAAUGAUGAUAACAAUAACAAACAAAGUAUGGGAUUAUUUCACAGAACUAUUAGAGGAGUGGUUGACGAGUGCUGUCGGCGAUCGUGUUCUAUAACACAGUUGUCACAAUAUUGUGGAGUCACACGAGUGACCACUACUACUGUCUCAUCAAUUUCAGAGUAA